UUGAGCUUUCCGGUUGUUCCGACAGUCUGCAGCAGCUGGAGUUCGGUCCGGACGUCAUACUAAAGUUGAACUCUGUGAAUAAAGCAGGUUCAGGUUCAGGUUCAGGUUCUGGUUCUGGUUCUGGUUCUGGUCCAGGAUGGGCGUGUUUAAAAACUCCUGGGUUCUCCUGGAGCUGAAGGACCUGCCCUUCAAGGAGAAGAAGAAGCUGAAGUCUGCUGUGACCGAGAACGGAGGCAGCAUUUCAUUCGUGGUCAACAAAAAGUGCUCUCUGGUCGUCACCAGCUCCAUGGACAAGCUGAGCUCCAACCGGCUGCGCAGCAUCCAGAGGUACCGGACCCCCGUGGUGGGCACGGACUACGUCCUGAGCUGUGUGGACAGAGGCGUCCUCCUGCCCCUGGACGAGUACACGCUGAGCACCUCGUCACCGCCCUCACCUGUCCGUCGUCCUCCGUGUCCAGAUCCCAAAGACUCACCUGUGAUUAAAGACGAACACGAUGAAGAUGAAUUCAGAAUUUACUCAGAGCUGGACCAGGACGUCCCGGAGUUCCCCGAUGAUUUCCAGGUGGCCAAGUACGCCAUCUUUGAACAGAGGAGCAGCAACAGCUGGUGUGUGGUGGAGCUGCAGAGUGCCAGAACCAGUACGGGACAGCGCUAUCGGGUCAUCAGAUACUGGAAGGACGACUUGGCGGCUCAGAAGAAGGCGGUGAAGGAUCAGAUGUUCUUUCUGUCCACCUCAGAGAAAGCCCUGCAGGUCUACAAGUCUCUGACAGAACAGGACUGUUCUCACCUGGAGAGGAGGAGCAGCAUUCCUCCAGAGGCGUAUCACCUCGGCUCCGCCCCCCUGCAGCAGCUGCUGCUGGAGGAGAAGCUGAACACAGAAAGCGUGUCACAGGAAGUGGCGGUGUUUGUGGAGACGCUGUGGACCGAGGCUUUGGGUUGCCUCGACACCGUGCUGAGGGUUCCCAUCAGCGAGCUGAGCCUGAAUGAUGUGAGCCGGGCCGAGGGUUUGUUGCUUCAGGCCCAGAAGAACCUGAAGGAGGGAAACUCCACAGAGGCGGGGUCUCUCCUGAUGGAGUUCUCCCAGCUGCUGCCCCACAGAGAACCCAGACUCUUAGAACCCGUCACCUGGGUGCUCUCUCAGAAACUGGACCUUUGUCAGCUGAUCCGAGACGUUCUGAACGUCAGCGAGAUGAACCUGAGGAGCAGCGCUCCGUCCAGCGUGGGGAAGUACCGGGCCCUCCGGUGCAGCAUCGAGACCCUUCCUCCCAGCAGCUUCACCUUCCAGAACAUCUGCGGUCUGCUGCGCGACAGCUCCGUGAAGAUCCACCAGAUCAUGAGGGUCAACAGGGGGGCGGAGCUUCAGAGCUUUAAGGCUGAGCUCAGGAACAUUAAGCCCCUCCUCCACUCCACCAGUCCCAGGAACUUUGUAGGAAUCCUGUCUCGGGGCCUGCUGCUUCCUCGUGUGGGAGUGGAGCAUCAUGGGAUUGAGAGAACGGACGUGGGGAACCUGGGCAGUGGGAUCUACUUCAGUGACUCUGUGAGAACCAGUCUGAAAUACUCCAAACCCAGUGAGACAGACGGAACCCGCCUGCUGCUGGUCUGCGACGUGGCUCUGGGACGGUGUAAGGACGUCCACAUGAGGGARCCGACUCUGAGCCGGGCUCCUGAGGGCCACCACAGCGUGCAUGCAGUCUGCCGGGAUCAGAACCCCGAGUCUGACUUUGAGGAUGAUGAGUUCGUGGUUUACUCUCCUGACCAGGUGAAGAUCAAGUAUGUGGUCCAGUUCAGUGUUGAAGGAGACCACCUGAAGGACUUCCAUCCUGCAGUGGACACAUCAGCUGAGCCGGGUCAGCCUGACACGGUCCAAGAGCUGCUGUCUGUGGACGAAGACAUGGACACCGUGAAGAACCCUCUGCAGGACGUGACAGCUGGACUGUUGGACAGCUCGGGGCAGCAGCUCCCCCUGCAGGCCGUCCACGUGAGGUGCAGACUGAUGGAUCUGCUCUCUCAGGUGAUUAUUUUCCAGAAGUACACUAACCUGAGCUCCGUGCCCAUCGAGGCCAAGUAUGUCUUCCCCCUGGAUGAUGCUGCUGCCGUGUGCGGGUUUGAAGCCUUCAUCAACGGGAAACACGUGGUGGGACAGGUGAAGGAGAAGGAAUCGGCUCGACGGGAGUACAGACAGGCCAUAGAGAAAGGUCAUGGAGCCUACCUGAUGGACCAGGACGCUCCUGACGUCUUCACCAUCAGCGUGGGCAACCUGCCGCCUGGAGCCACCGUUCUCAUCAAGGUGACCUUUGUGUCGGAGCUGGUGGUCCGAGACGGAAGCAUCCUGUUCUCCCUGCCGGGGAGCGUGGCUCCGUGGCAGGAGAGCGCCGCUCUCAAACAGACCACGCAGGUGUCUGUGCAGAAGGUUUGUGUGACGGAUGAAGCCUCCAGCAGCAGGGAUUUCUCGUUGGACAUGUCGGUUGAGAUGCCCAACAAGAUCUGGGAGCUGCGCUGCAUCACUCAUCAAGUCAAGAUGAAGGUGCAGCGUCAGGUGAAGCGCAUGUCGUCUCCGGGCUGCAGCUCAGUCUCUGUGAAGUGGCAGCAGUUCAAUCCUGCAGCUCCUCCACCUGUUCAGGCACCGAAGCAGCUUCACGCUCUCUUCAACGACCACCACACCCUGGUGUACGGCCUGGUGCCGCACUGCACACAGGCGACUCUUCUGGGGACCCUGGCGGGUCAGGAGCUGCAGACGGUGGUGUCCACCACAGAGCUGCAGAAGACCAGAGGAACGUUUCUCCACAAGCUCACAGCCAGGGCCCUGAUCAGGGACUAUGAAGACGGAAGCCUGGACACGAGCGAGGCCGAACACGAGGGAAAGAAGGCAGAGCUGAAGUCGUUCAUCGUUGAGCUGAGCAAAGAGUUCUCCGUCCUGUCUCAGUUCACCAGCUUCGUGGCCAUUGAGGACAGGGACCAGCAGCUGGAGGACGGCGUCACCGACAUCCCCAAGCUGAUUGCAGAGGAGGAUGUGGACUUCCUGCCGUACAUCAGCUGGACUGCCCCUGAGGACACUCAGACACCAACACCUGUUCCUGCUGCCGAGGAUGAAAUGUGUUAUUUUUUAUGUUCACCUGACAUGGCCUUCGACUCUCCUCCCAGUCCUCCCAGUCCUCCCAGUCCUCCCAGUCCUUACAGUCUUCCCUGUCCUUCCAGUUCUCCCAGUUCUUCCAGUCCUUACAGUCUUCCCUGUCCUUCCAGUUCUCCCAGUCCUUCCAGUCCUCCCAGUCCUCCCAGUCCUCCACCUGGUGAGGCUGGAGCCCUGGUGAAUACAGCUGCAGUGACMGUCUCCACAGCAGCUGGUUCUGCUGACAUAGCGACAGGUUUUUCACUGCGAGCUCUGAGACCUCAGACACGUUUYGGUUCUCACCUCUUUGGAGACGGAAGACGUGAUUUAACCAACAAACUCAGAGUUGAACAGAAAACUCUGAGUUCUYCUUUUACAUUUGGAGCUGUCGGUUCUGCAGCUGGACCUCCAGGUCCUGUACUUACAGAACCUGAACCUGUCCCUCAGAGUCUCUUUACACCCACUGCUUACGUUCCUGCAGAGCAAGGCUUAUUUGGUGCUGUCAGGCCUGCAGGUGUGUCUGCACACCUGCCUCCUGCAGGUAUGUUUACACACCUGCCUCCUGCAGGUAUGUCUGCACACCUGCCUCCUGCUCCUGCUUACACAUUUGGAGCUGUCAGUUCUGCAGCUGGACCUCCAGGUUCUGCGUUUCAAGAACCUGACCCUGACUUUCUGCGGCGUGCUCGACCUAAACGUGCCGUUUCUGCACGUCAGAGUCUUUUUAAAUGUAAAGCUGUCAGUUYURCAGCUGGACCUCCAGGUUCUGAACUUACAGAACCUGAACCUGUCCGUCAGAGUCCUGCCGCUGCUUACAGGCCUGCAGGUGUGUCUGCACGCCCGGCUCCGASAUUUAGAAGGAAAGUGUGUUACUUCAGUGAUUCUGAUUCUAUAGACCAGAUGAGAGAAGAGACGUACCGUCGCUCUCAGCUUUGUGCUGAGGUCGGAGCACUGGGACCAGGUCAAGAAGGCCGUGGACUGGGUCCGCUGGGCCGACCGGCAGUAUCCGUGCAUCUGCAGCCGGCUGGAGCUGGGUCUGAACUGGGAAUCCUGCACCCGCCAGCUGCUGGGCUUCGACAGCCUCCCCUCGUUCUCGCCUCUGAUUGGUCUGGACCUGCUGGUCCAGUGAGGGCGGGACGCAGCUCUGUGGUCCAACCAACCACCUUCAGACCCUGAAAAAACAGGUUUUAACUGUGGUCCAGACCAAAACACAAUUAUCUGGUCUGUUUAGAUUAAAGCUUUGACAUAAAAUACUUUAAAAGUUUUAACUGUUUUCUUCAACAUACAAUACCGUAACUUUAGUUUGACAUAAAAUAGAUUUUUUUGGGUUAGGUAUAUUUUCUUAAUGGUGUCAAUCUGUAGUUCUUCUGUUUCAGUCACUUUACUAAUAAUUUACAUGUUUCAGAUCAAAGUUUGUUGGGUAAACUUGAUUUGAGUAUUUCAGAUUUUCCACACCAAAUUAUCAUCAAUAUACAUUUUAUCCAAAUCAAAUUAGUAUUUCUUUACUGAAACAGAUGAGUUGGUUUGUUCUGCUGCUAAUGUUUUAAAUGUGUGAGAAUAAAUUGACAAAAGUUGUGAAAGAAUCAGUAAAWCCCUCCAGGCAGGGCAGCUUUUAGGAAUGGACUGAGAAAUGUUUAAAGACAGCAGAUCUGAUGGGAUCAGAGGGUAUUUUUUAAUGUCUUUAAAGAGCUGAUUGGCAGGUAUGCUAUCCUGACUAAACACUAUUUGAAAAAUUUACAGUUGAGAAAUUAUAUUAGAUCAUCUCAAAAUCAGUGUAUCAAUUCCCCCGCUGUCCAUUUUGGAAAUUAAAAUGAAGAAUGAUGCUUUAAAAAGGAAUUAUUUCCAAACUAUAUAGGUGUUAACAAAGGGAUCCUCUGAGUCUUCUCUCAGGAAACUUGACACCUGCAGGGAAGAUUUACAGAAYUUACCCUCUGAGGACUCAAAGUACUGCGAUAUAUUUGGUUCAUGAGGACAUAAGUGACGACAGAAAAGCUUAAUAAGUACAAUGAUGCCAUCCCAGACUCGUGCUUCAGAUGUGGAGAGAAGGGCUCAGUCUUCCAUUGUUUGGAAAUAUAGAAAAGUUUAACAGUUCUGCAGGGAGAUCUUUAGAGGUUAUACUAGAUAUAGAACUAACGCUCAGCCCUAAACUGUUCACUCUAGGUUUAUAUCCUGAUAGAUGUAUGUCCAGAAUAAUAAUCCCUGCCAUUGAUUUAUGUUUACUCCUCACUAACAGACCUAGUACUCAUGGAGGAGAACCAGUAAACAUUAUAAAGGGGAAACUUUCACCGCUUCUAUACAGUUGGGGUCCUUUUCUGGACUAUAUAAAGAGUGUGUUUUGAGGAGUGUGUGUGUGUGGGGGGGGGGGGUGAUCUCUGCAGUAUCCUAAAAUAAUCUUUCUUUGGACGUUUUGCUUUACUCUGGAUUGUAUGAGUAUAUGUUGUUUAACUAUGCACAAGAGUGAAAAAAUAGACAAACCUUUGAGUUUUCA